CCCGGCGCCCACCGCCCUGCCCUCGCCUGUCUCCUCCUUUCCCCGGGGCUCCGCUGAGUUCAUUCACUGGGAUUGGUUUCAAGUGACGCCAUCUCUUUAUUUUUAAACCAAUGACCUCAUCCGCGCUUGAAGUUUCCUGACCAGCGACUCUUUCUCUUUCCCCCCAACCCCCCACCCCACCCCCCCGCCUUUCCCCCUCUUGUCUGUGUAUCACUGUUUGGGGGGCUUUAAUCAGUUUUUAAACGAUUAUUAUCACUUCUCCCUCCCCCCCUCCGCUUUCCCCACGCGGCCCCCCACCUUCACCUCCCCAAGUUCUUCACCCCUUUCAACAUUGUUUUUUCAAGGCUGACGGUGGGGGGGGGGUGGAAGAGAAAGAGUGAAGAAAAGUUGCAAACGUCUCCUCUCUUUCUAAGCUUCCCGCCCCCACCCACCUCAGAGAAGGAGAAGAUAAUAUAGUGAAAAGAAGAGGAGGAGGAGAGCGCGACGGGACGGACGCGAGCGGGAGCGCAGCCGCCCUCCCGGCUCCGCGGCGGCGCCUCGCAAGCCGGGCAGGCGAGGGGGGCCCGAGGGGAGACGCCGUGACAACUUUCAUUUCCCCCGGAGGGAGUCGGGAGGUCGGCGGCCCCAAAAAACAAGAUAUGAGUUAUCCAUUUUACAGAUGAGGAAACUGAGAACUUAGACUAAGUAAUUUAUCCAGAUCCCAAAGCAAGUAAGAAGCGGUGCUAGACCUGGAGCCAAGAUCUUCUGAUUCAUUUUCAGGAUUUUCAGCCCAGUGUGAAGCUGUUGGAGCGAGGAGCAAAGGUAAAGAAUGACGUAAUCACUGGCCGCCCCAGAGCAUCUUUUGUUGUGGAUGGUUAUUCCGGUCAUCUCUUUAUGAAUCAAAUGUGAGGGGCUGCUUUGUGGAGAGUGCUUCGCAAGAGCACAGCAACGGGGAAAGAGAAAGGGACAUUCACUUGGAGGGCUCUUGCUGAAAAUGGGUUUAACUCUCCUUUUGCCAGUCACCACCAGCCUGACCUCAUACAUUUGUAGGACAAUGGAGUGGCUGAGCCUUUGAGCACACCACCAUUACAUCAUCGUGGCAAAUUAAAGAAGGAGGUGGGAAAAGAAGUCUUACUGUUGUCAUGGCCCAUGAGAUGACUGGAACUCAGAUUGUUACUGAGAGGUUGGUGGCUCUGCUGGAAAGUGGAACAGAGAAAGUGCUGCUAAUUGAUAGCCGGCCAUUUGUGGAGUACAAUACAUCCCACAUUUUGGAAGCCAUUAAUAUCAACUGCUCCAAGCUUAUGAAGCGAAGGUUGCAACAGGACAAAGUGUUAAUUACAGAGCUCAUCCAGCAUUCGGCAAAACAGAAGGUUGAUAUCGACUGCGGUCAGAGGGUUGUAGUUUACGACCAGAGCUCCCAAGAUGUUGCCUCUCUGUCUUCAGACUGCUUUCUCACUGUACUUCUGGGUAAACUGGAGAAGAGCUUCAGCUCCGUUCACCUGCUUGCCGGUGGGUUUGCGGAGUUCUCCCGUUGUUUCCCUGGCCUCUGUGAAGGAAAAUCUGCUCUAGUCCCUACCUGCAUUUCUCAGCCUUGCCUACCUGUUGCCAACAUUGGGCCAACCCGAAUUCUUCCCAAUCUUUAUCUCGGCUGCCAGCGAGAUGUCCUCAACAAGGAGCUGAUGCAACAGAAUGGGAUUACUUAUGUGUUAAAUGCCAGCAAUACCUGUCCUAAGCCCGACUUUAUCCCUGAGUCUCAUUUCCUGCGAGUGCCUGUGAAUGACAGCUUUUGUGAGAAAAUUUUGCCAUGGUUGGACAAAUCAGUAGAUUUCAUUGAGAAAGCCAAGGCCUCCAAUGGGCGCGUCCUGGUGCACUGCUUAGCCGGCAUCUCCCGCUCGGCCACCAUUGCCAUCGCCUACAUCAUGAAGAGGAUGGACAUGUCCUUAGAUGAAGCUUACAGAUUUGUGAAAGAAAAAAGACCUACUAUAUCUCCAAACUUCAAUUUUCUGGGCCAGCUCCUAGACUAUGAGAAGAAGAUCAAGAACCAGAUGGGUGCAUCAGGGCCGAAGAGCAAACUCAAGCUGCUGCACCUGGAGAAGCCCCAUGAAGCCGUCCCUGCAGGCUCCGAGGGUGCACAGAAGCACGAGCUGGGCCUUAGCCCACCCUGUGCCAACUGCGCUCCCUCCGAGGUGGCAGGGCAGCGGCCCGCACAUCCCACCGGGGCACCCAGCCCGCAGCCCUCACUGCUGGAGGACGGCCCCCUGGUGCAGGCGCUCGGCGGUCUCCACCUGCCCUCGGGCAAGCUAGAGGACAGCAGUAAGCUCAAGCGCUCCUUCUCUCUGGACAUCAAAUCCCUUUCGUACUCGGCCAGCGUAGCGGCAUCCUUGCACGGUUUCCCGUCCUCAGAAGAGGCUCUGGAAUACUACAAACCUUCCGCGAGUCUGGAGGGGGCCACCAAGCUCUGCCAGUUCUCUCCAGUGGAGGAAGUGUCGGAGCAGACCCCCGAGAGCAGCCCGGACAAGGAGGAGGCCAGCCUCCCCGAGAAGCCUCAGCCGGCCAGGCCCCCCGAGGGCCCGGGGAAGCGGCUGCACUCGGGAAGAACCAGCGCCGGGGGCGCUGCCCCGCGGCCCCUCUUCUCCCCCCUGCAGCGGAGCGGGAGCGUGGAGGACAACCGCCCCGCCAGCUUCCUCUUCGGCCUGUCCGCCAGCCAGCAGCACCUCGCCAAGUCCGCCGCCGGCCUGGGCCUCAAGGGCUGGCACUCGGACAUCUUGGCUCCCCACACCUCUGCCCCUUCCCUGUCAGGCAGCUGGUAUUUCGGCCCGGAGCCCCCUCGCUUCUGCUCGGCCUCAGCCGUCUACGGGGGCGGGGGCAGCUACUCAGCCUACAGCUGCAGCCAGCUGCCCACCUGCGGCGACCCGCUCUACUCCGUGCGCCGGAGGCAGAAGCCCAGUGACAGGGCCGACUCCCGGCGGAGCUGGCACGAGGAGAGCCCGUUCGAAAAGCAGCUGAAGCGCAGAAGCUGCCAGAUGGAAUUUGGCGAGAGCAUCAUGUCGGAGAACAGGUCGCGGGAGGAACUGGGCAAAGUGGGCAGCCAGUCCAGCUUUUCGGGCAGCAUGGAAAUCAUUGAGGUCUCCUGAGAAGGAAGACCCUGCGGGCUUCUAUAGACAGUACUUUCUUGUUCACAAAAAUAUUCCCUGUAAAUCUGAAAUAUAUAUAUGUACAUACAUAUAUAUUUUUGGAAAAUGGAGCUAUGGUGUAAAAGCAAACGAUGGAUCGACACAGCUGCUCUCUCAGCGUCCGCACUUGAGAGCAGCUGCUCUUUCUCACCAAGAGUGGAUGGGCAGAUGCUAGAUGUCCUCCCCGCCAGAUGAGAAAUUGUACGCAGCGCAUUGCACAUCCUCUUGUUCCUACUGAGUCCCAGUUUGGGUGGUGGAGGAUGACAUGCCCUCCCAUGUUCAUGUUGUGCUACAAGAGCUCUCGAGUGCUAGCGCCUGUCCGGCCCCCUCCGUAGUGCACCUUAGCGCUGAGACUGAGCCAGCUCGUGGGUUGGGCGGGUAGACCCCAUCAGGGACAGAACCUCACCGUAAAUGCAAGAGAAACGAGCCCAUCCAAAGCGGACUCGCACACCCAAGCUCAAGUGGCAGCCGAGUGCCGCGAGCCUCAUUCUGCUGCACACACCGUUAGGGGCCUUGCCAAGGUCGACUUCAGAGCAAACCCAGUACCUCAGACUGAAAGUCGGGGCUUUCACCACUACCGAGUCUGGUAGCCUGUCUUCUAGGCGUUGUGAAUAGGUAGGUAGCUAGUCACACUUUGCAGGCCAAUUCAGACGGUCUCUGCACAAAUUUCCAGGUGGGCCUGGAUGGUGGUAGUUAAUUUUUUCUUCUCGGCUUGAUGAAGAGAAGGGGAACCGUCUAGGAUUCAAUUGAACAGCCAGGGACCUGGCCUCGUAAUGAUUUAAGGUAGGUCGGGAGGCUAAACAAGUCUUCCUCCCUCCAUGUGAAUCAAAGAGUUGUUCUAAAUGGGGUUGUUAAUCCUUUAAAUAAAGAUGAACUUGGUUGAAGCCAGAUGUGAAUUUAUUUGGGUUGGUAGGACAGGAGCACCUUCAAAUUCUCAGCCAAAGUAGAUUUUUUUCCAUUUUAGUUUCUUUGCACAGGUAGGUUUUUUACAAAAACCUAAUAGGUAGACUUUUACAGGAAACUAUCACGAGGGAGAAAAGCUCUGGAAAGAUUAAAGAAUUAAAAUUGCUAAGGAGAGCCAGGAAACUCAUUUUUCUCAAUGGUUUUGUUCCCCUGAGCCUGUGAUGAAGGAGGUACCUCUGUAAUUUCCUCACACUUUCCAAUUUACUAAUAGGGCUGAGAGGCUAGUUCAGUGAAGAGGGUUCUGAAUAAAACAGUAUAGGAAGGUGAGGGGAAGGUGGCUGGCUUUUGUUGUGAGUGGAGCGGGAAGCCACAGCCAAGCUAUUCUCAGAAAGUAUCCCCGGCAUUUUUUUUUUUUUUUUUUUAGUAGAAAAGACAUAUCAAAAUGGAGUGGGACCAAGGUGGUCUCUCAGUCUUUGACCUACAAUCACUGUAUGGACUCAAUCCUGGCAGCUGAAAAUAGAGGAGUUAAUUGGAACAAGUACACAAGUGAUUAGUACAUACCUGCUUUUAAACUUCCCGGCUUGAGUCUUGUCAGCUACAGUAUGGUCCUCUUUUGAAGCCUUAAUUCACGUCAGCAGCUUUUUUUUUGGGGGGGGGGAUAGGGGUUUUGUCAUUUUUCUUUACUGUAAGUGUAGCUAGUUGCUGACUCAUAUCUCAGGUUUUUCUGUGUUUGAGAAAUGGAUAGUCCUUCGACUAGGAUGUGACUUCAUGUUUCCUAUGAUGACUGCUGAAACCAGCACAGAAUGAAUGAUGUGAUUCAGAACGGACUUGCUCAUGAUGAUUCCAAGCAGCGUGUAACAGAACUGCUCGCUCGUGCACGGGUAACGUGCUGUGAUCCGGGUGUAAAAUGAAGGCAGGAAGAGAGGACACUGCAUAGGGAGCUCAGUGUUCCUGUAUGGAAAAAGUUCUGUUAAAUGAUGUUAGUUUUUCCACAUACAUUUAAAUUUGGGGUGUAAUCAGACAUUCUCAAGGAGUAAUUUUUGAGGUGUUCUGCAUACACCAAGUGUGGAAGAGCUCACUUGUUCUCCAGAGUCUGGUCAUAACUGUGGAACAUUUUUAAGAAAUGAAAGCAAGAGCUCCAGGGUUAAGUCUGUCCCAGGAGGGUUGUGGGGGGGACUUCCAUUGUUCGGGGUUUCUCCUGGCCAUGGUCCCCUUCCUUCCCGUGACUGCACGGUAGUCCUUCCACAGCCUUCAGUCUCGACUGCAUAUGUCAGAUACACAGUUCUCUGGCUGGAGACUGCGGGGCCCCGGGGCAAGCCCUGCCACUGCAUGGGGAGGCUGGCUGCUCUCUGCUGUAGGGGCUCAUAGGGCACACCCUGGAGCCUGCCAGCAGGACACUGAACUGUGAUUUCUAAAGAGCAAAACUAGAUUCUGUGUGAGAAAGGCUGGACUAUGGUUGACAUUUGUAAAGUGAGGUGGUAAGACUGUAUAAAUGUUUAAUAUGAAUAUAGUGUUCUUUUGGAGUAAGAUGCUGUUGAAUGGUUAAAUUGUGCAUUUCUCAUUUUGAUGUUCAUGUAUGUUAAUAUGAAAUAAAAUCAAAACUGGUACCUGUUUAUACAUAAA